GUCAACUGUCAAGUUGCAUAUGGUCGGUCAGGGGGAAGAUUUCUGUUGUCUGUUGGGUGGAAAAUAUUUAUAAAAUUAUUAUUUUUAACAAUAAGCAGUAUUGUGCAUUCUUUUAUACAUAUUUAAAACUAUUUCAGUAGUGCUUUACCUCACAAAAUCACAUAUAGAUGCUGUUCGAAAUGAAAUAAGGAUGAAGCCAUUAGCUCUUCAUCUCACACGUAACAAUUUAUAUAAUUUAUUUAUUAAUUGUAGUUCGUGAAAGACAAUGGAAGACAAAAAAUAAUGUCAUGUGAAAGCAAGGAAAAGGAAAUGUCUGAGCGACAUCUCCUAGACCGGGCGCUAAGAGACAGCGCCGUGCCCGUACCAAACGUGCGCGCGAGGCUGCCUCAGCACUGGAAGGAGUUCGUGUGUGGAGGGGGGUCAGCAUUCUGCAACAUACUCAUAAGUUAUCCUCUAAAUAAACUCAUAUUUAGACAGAUGAUGCAUGGAGUUGAAACACAGUUUGCCUUUACCCAGUUACGGAAAGAAGGCUUGUCUUUUCUUUACCGAGGAAUGCUACCUCCUUUGCUGCAAAGGUCACUUUCAAUGUCUCUAAUGUUUGGAGUGUAUGAUGAAUGCCUACAACCAAUGUUAGAGUACAAAGUCAACUCAUACAUUGCAAAAUCAUGCGCCGGCUUGGUUGCAGGCUGCUUUGAAGCAACCCUCAUGCCAUUUGAGAGGAUACAAACACUGCUGAUACAUCCAAAGUACCACAAUGAGUUCAAGAAUACUGCUGAUGCAGCAACUCACAUUGCUAAGCACUAUGGCAUUAAGGAAUUCUACAGAGGAUUGGUACCCAUAUUACUUAGAAAUGGUCCCUCCAAUGCAAUGUUUUUCAUAAUUCGUGAUGAAGUGCAAGACAGGCUCCCCAAACAAGAAAAAGCACUCUACCAAGGCCUACAAAAUUUCUUGGCUGGAGCGUCAAUUGGUGCUCUGCUCAGUACACUCUACUACCCUUUGAAUGUUAUUAAAAUCGCAAUGCAGUGUGAACUUGGUGGUCCCCACAGGACAUUAAUAUAUGAGUUCAAUUAUAUUUUGCGCAAACGAGGUUCGAAAUUCGCCAACUUUUACCAUGGAGCUUUACUUAACAUCUCUCGCGCGUUUCUAAGUUGGGGCAUCAUUAAUGCCUCUUAUGAAGUUUUGAGAAAGUUUUUAUACUCCUAGUCAAAUUGUUUUAUCUUGUACAGAUAUUUAUUUGUUUCAGAGGUAUUGUUUAUGUUAAAUCAAAUUGUUAUUAUAUUGUUUAAAAAAUGUAUAUUUCUUGGGAAUACGCAUGUACAGAUACACAGUAAACAAUUUGAGCACAAUAAUGACAAACAUGAAUCUUUUUAUUGUUUUCUUAUGUCGACGUGAACUGUAUUUUGUACAUAUGUAUAUACAAUGUAGAAGAGCAAUAAUGGAAAUACGUGUUUUGAAUACAUUGCUAUGCUGUUUUUAAAUAUUUUAAUUCAAUGCCAAUAAUUUUUUAUAAUAUUUUUCAUAGCUAAAUCUGCUGGAGCGUGCAGAAUGGUUUGCAUCUUUCUAACAAUGGGAUCUUAAAAUGAAAAUUAUAAUUGUAAAAUAUUCCACCUCUGCCUGUAUAUAUUUGUUGUGAGGAUAUAUCUGCGAGGAUUAGGGGUAAAUCUGUAAGUGCGAUUAUACUUUAUUUAUUGUAAACGUUAUUUUUAAGUAGACAAUGUUGAUUUAUACAUUUGGAAGCAUUUAUAUAUUAUUAGACGAAAGGCGUAUUAUGAUACUUGUUUUAGCAACAAUACUGCGUGCAAUAGUUCAGUCGGUGCUUGUAGUGCAUUGCCCAUUUAAAUAUGAUUUUACAGUAUUUUAUCUGUAGCUAUACCCAAAUACAUAACAGUAUAUUGAUCUGUGUUAUACAUAUAAUGGCCGAGUUAAUUAAUAUAGGUACCCACCUAUCUGCGCAAGUUAUUCUUAAA